AUGUCUACUCCGACUUCCAACGGCAAAGCGCCGCUUAGCACGCCUCCCUCCAAACCCGUUGACAUUCUCCAGACGCAGCCGUCGCUUCUCUACUCCAACCUCCACCCCAUCCUGCUGCUCUCCAUCCUCCUCUUCAGCUUCAAGACAUUGGUGCGAGAUCCGGUCAAUACACUUCUAGGCCUGGCGCCGACGGUCACGAUCCUCCAGGCCCUCUACUGCGUGCUCUGUCUACCAUCCACGAACCAAGCACCAGCGCCUCCUCAAAAGCCCGGGCAGAAGAAGAAGCAAGCAAAACCCGCACAGGAUGCCUGGGCCAAAGCAGUUCCAGCCUUCCUCUCCCUCCUCCUAACCCUCUUCCUCUCCACCCCAAUCCUCUACAUCACCCUCAUCCUCUUCGGCGCCCCCCUCACCACCCAUCAACCCCACACCAUCCUCCUCGCGCUCCACUUUGCCCUCCUGACGACGCCGCAACUCUACUACGCGCAUGGACUGGAAGCGCAGGCAUGGUACAAGAUUGUGAGCCUACAGUUACCUGUAGACGAGCUGGUGGGGAUGAGUUUGGGCGCUUGUAUGGGAGCGUGGGUGGGCGCGAUUCCGAUACCGUUAGAUUGGGACCGGGAGUGGCAGAAGUGGCCGGUUACGAUUGUGGCGGGGAUGUAUGGGGGUGCUGUGGUUGGGAAGUUUGUGGGUGGGUAUGUGUGUAGGGGGUGGAGGAUUAAGCUGUCUUGA